AUGGGUAAUGAGAUAGAUAGCUUACCCCCUGAACAGUGCUUCAGCGAGGUUCCUUUUGAGAACUGGGGCCAGACGGUGAAAAACUUGCCCAAGUUUACUUUCCUGCCUACCACAGUCAGAGGCGUACAGAACGUGGUUCAGUUCGCUGCGGCCAAGAACUAUCGCGUUCGAUGUGCAGGAUAUAGGCACAGCUGGAGCUCUAUCUUUUCACAGGACAACGAGGUCUUUAUCUCCUUCGUCAACCUCCACACCGUCACCACACUCCCAGAUCCGAUGUCUCUUAUUCCGGGAGAAUACGAUCCGACGACAGUGCCUGAGCUCAAGACAAUUGAGUUGAAGGAAGAAACGGUGCCAGGGGAGAAGAGACUUUGCCGUGUGGGGGCUGCGGUCACAAACGAGGAAUUCAGACGCUGGGCUGUCGCCGGAAAAUCGUGGACGCUACCGGCUGAUGUCAUUCUCGUCGAGGUCACGAUCGGUGGUGUCAACGGGCCCAUCUGCCAUGGCGCGGGCAUUUCCCACAAGACCCUAUCCGACUACGUGCGUCGUAUCGAAUACGUCGAUUGCAACGGCAAGCUCCAAAUCGUAGACGAGCCCCAUCAAAUCAAAGCGGCGGCAGGCGCAGUCGGCCUGCUCGGUGUAGUUACUCAUAUCACGUUCGAGCUGGAUGCCAUGUCAUAUGCGGUUAUGCAACCGCUCAAGGAAGAUGUUGGACUAGGUGUGCCGCCUCUAGAUAAGAACGACAUCCCUGUGGCGCUACGGAGUGAUUGGUUCAAUGCACCUGACGCUGCUGAGCUCAUCGCGAAGGCGGUUAAGGAAUUCGAGAGACGUGCCGCCAAUGACUACUAUAGCGAGUGGUUUUGGUUCACGUAUCAGAGGAAAGUGUGGACGAACACUUUCAAUACCACCCAUGACGCUGCCGGGGCGAUCAACUACCCAGAUGAUGGCAACGUCUUCUUGCAAUGGGUGCAGGGCUGGUUAGGAGGCGUGAUUACCGCUGUGCCUUUCUUUAACGCCAUACCCGGAUACUGGCAGGCUCAGCUCAUUGCGUCGCUAGGCAUGGCUGCACUUCCGCCAACGCUGGGUGAGAGCAAGACGCCGACUUACAAAACACUGCUCCCGGACGCCUUGCAUUUCCGCCGGGGAGUACAGAACAUGAGGGUACGUGAUUUGGAGCUGCAGAUUCCACUACCGCCAAAGAAGGACGAUCCCUCAAAGGCAGACUUCAGUAUCGUCCAACGUGCCUGGUGGGACGUGAUCAAGCUGGUAUACAAAGAUGCUGAGACCGGUGGGGACCCAUCUUCCGCUAUGCGUCUCGCGCUGGAGAUGCGCAUCAUGGGAGGCAGCGACGUGCUCUUGGCGCCGCAGAAGGGCAACGAUCUCGGCACAGUCUCCAUCGAGGUUCUCACUCUUCCCGACGCCGUCACAGACGACGAGUGGCACGGGUUUGCGCAAAAGGUAGUCGAUCUAUGGAUGAGCUACGGCGGCAAUGUGCGACCACAUUGGGCGAAAGAAUGGGAGGCGUUCACUUUCAAAGGGCAGGAAGCGCGGAAGUACAUGAAAGAGGUGGCGUACAAGGAGCAGAUUCCAGAGUUCCGAGACGCCCUUGAAGCUAUCGGGCGUCAGCAUGGCUGGACGCUCGAGCAGCUGCAGAAAAGGUAUUCGAAUGAGUUGUGGGACAAGUUGGUCUACGAGUAA